AUGGGUCUCGUGUGCUCGACGGCUCAGCUGGCAUGUUUGUGCGGAAGCACAGCUUGCAGUUUUUGUUGUUCCCAAUGUCCGUCAUGCAGGAACAGUACGAGCACUCGCAUCAUGUACGCAUUGCUCUUGAUGCUGGGAACUAUUGCAGCCUGCAUUACCCUUGCUCCCGGUCUACAGAAUGCGCUUAAAAAGGUACCAUUCUGUGCAAAUAGUUCCAACGGUUAUGUUCCAUCGCAAAUUACCGUAGAUUGCGACUCUGCGGUGGGUUACUUGGCAGUUUACAGAAUAUGCUUCAUUCUCUCCUUGUACUUCUUCCUGAUGUCUGUAAUAAUGAUCAGGGUGAGAAGUUCACAGGAUCCACGAGCGGCUAUACAAAAUGGAUUCUGGGCUAUCAAGUAUCUCCUGAUAAUUGGAGGGAUUAUUGGCGCCUUUUUCAUUCCAGAGAGAUCCUUUGGAGCUACUUGGAUGUACUUUGGAAUGAUAGGAGGCUUUCUCUUUAUAAUAAUACAGUUGAUUCUGAUUGUCGACUUUGCUCAUUCUUGGGCCGAUGCGUGGGUAGGGAAUUACGAAGAAUCUGAAUCGAAAGGAUGGUACGCUGCCUUACUAGGUGCAACGUUCUUCAAUUAUGCCGUCUCUAUCGCUGGGGCGGUACUACUUUACGUAUAUUUCACGCACGAAGGCAUAUGCGGCCUCAAUAAAUUUUUCAUCUCAUUCAACUUGAUUUUGUGCGUUAUUACCAGCAUCAUAUCGGUCUUACCGAGCGUGCAAGAACAUCAGCCACGAUCUGGGCUCCUUCAAUCUUCCGUGGUAACGUUAUACGUGGUAUACUUAACGUGGAGUGGCGUGUCAAAUAGUCCAGAUCACAAAUGCAAUCCCGGUUUCUUCGGCAUAAUUAACGGUCAUGACGUCAGUGCGCAAAAUCGGGUUGCAUUUGACAAGGAGAGCAUUAUCGGCCUUAUAAUUUGGUUCAGCUGCGUUCUCUACAGUUCGUUGCGCACGGCGUCCAAAUCAUCAAAGAUCACGAUGUCCGAGAAUGUCUUAGUCCAGGAUAAUGGGGCCGUCAGGAAUGCAGGAGAGCAGUCUCUUAUCGGCAAUGAAGAUUAUACUAAAGUAGAAGGACGUAAUCACGAUGCCGAGGGUGGAAGUGAUGCCAAAGUUUGGGACAAUGAAGAAGAUAAAGUGGCAUACAAUUGGAGUUUCUUCCAUCUUAUGUUCGCUCUGGCCACUUUGUACGUUAUGAUGACACUCACAAACUGGUACAGACCGAACUCGAAUCUAGAUACCUUAAAUUCGAACGCCGCGUCGAUGUGGGUGAAGAUUAUUUCUUCAUGGAUGUGUCUGGGCCUUUAUGUGUGGUCAUUGAUAGCGCCUACUGUUUUCCCGAAUAGAGAUUUCUCUUAAAUCUCUGGACUUAUCACGAGCAAAGACUCAGCGAACUAUGAGACAGCAAAAACAACCUGAGCUUUAGAGCUUUCUUGUAAUAUCAUCAACCGCCUAUUGCAAAAUGUCUGUAAGUACGGCUGUAGAAGUUAACUAGAAUUGAUGCUAGAACUGACCAGCAUCUUAUAAAUCAAUAUUACAAAAUGAAAGAAGUAUAUAAUAUUAAUAUGCUAAUAGUUAUAUGUCAUAUUUAUAAUCGUUUUUUUUUUUAAUUCUACGAUAUAUGAAAAAUUUUGCUUUCUUUCUGUUCUCUGUCUUCUCUUAUUCCGUUUAAAGAGGAUUUAGAAUAUUUGAUAAGUUUUUCUUAAUUAUCUAUUUUCUUAAUAUCCAGAUUAUUUUAUUUGUCCUAUCUAUUUACUUAAAAUUAUGAAUUAUAUAUAUAGAUAUUCCACUACUAUGAAUAUAAUUAUGUAAAUAUACUUAAAUCAUAGUUAUUGUGGGCUGCUGCUACUACUACUAUAAGACAACUUCAUAUACAAUCUAGUUUGGUUGAUAUUAUUUGAUUUAUUUGAAAAAGAAAACGUUGCCAAACAACUGUAUGUCAUUAUAAACACGAAGAAUAUUACAUAUAUGGCAAGAUUAACAUAUUUUUUCAGCUUGGCGUAUUUGGUGUAUAUUGCGAUAAAAAUGUACCAUUUCAAUGUACCGAAAUUUUAUGUACAUCUAUAUGAGUAUAUAUUUGUUACAGUAACGACAUAAGCAUUUCUUUUAUGUACUGUGCUUUGUGCGAUAACCAAGAAUUGUAUCGAAGAGACAUUACGUGCGAGCCGCAUUUUUUGAACGAUACGUGUAAUACAUAAAAGUAAGCAAGACAAAUAAAAUUAUAUAAAA